GCAGCCGUCGACUGGAAGUCCGUUGCACUGAGCCACGUGGCGACAUCCGCCGCUUUCGAUGCUUACCUCACGGAGCAGGUCCGGAAUGCCAGGCUCGUUGCGUUCGAUGACGUCUCGCCAAGCUUGGUGCAGACUCUGCCGGAGAGGCAAGCCCUGGCUGUCCUCUACGAUGACAGGCAAUGGAGGCGCGUUGCCAAGCGUUUUGGCCUCAUGGAGGACGAGAAGGAAGGCAUUCGCCGGGGCACCUACCGGGGGGUGCUGCCCUUCACAUGGAAAGGUCGUUCAACCUUCUUGGUCCGAGACUGGCCAGAUAUGCAGAGCUUGAAGAAGUGA